AUGAGCUUUCUUCGGACAGGCGGUUUAAUUGCAAGCAGGGCUAGGUACAUAAGGACGGGAAAAUUUAAAGACCCGAUAAGUUACAAACAGGUGGUAAUUGAAAAAAAAGAGGAACGGAAAAAAGAAGUGGACAAUAUCAGGGAGAACCAAAUAAAGUUUUUAGAACUUCUUCAUUUCGAUAAUUUAAAAACCCCACAACCGAAGAAGGGGACGAAAAAAAAAGGACAAAAUGGGGAUAGCAUAAAUGCGAAGGUGGGAGGGAAAAGCCCCCCCACAGAUGGAGCUACAAAUAUAAACACACGUGGUGGGAUUGAUUCGGACUGCUAUACAGAAUGGGGACAGAGCGAAAAAAAAAGUGAUACAGAAUCGGGCAAAUAUUACCGUGAUACUUUCAUAAAGAGACUUAAAAGGAAAAUACUCCUUAGACGAAUUAUGUGCAAAGAAGGAAAGGUGGAGAAAGUCCAAGGAGAGGAUUCCUCUCAGGAAAGAAAGCAAAGUCCCACUAAUGGAAGUAAAACUGAUUGUGUACAUAACCAGUAUAGUAAUAGUCUAACGCAAGAACAGCUACAAAACAACUUUAGCAACAUUUUUGUGGAUAAGAAAAUGACACUCAAGAAAAAAAUUCACCUGAUCAAUUUUUCCGUGACAAAUAGUUACGUAAGUAAAAAGUAUCACAUACAAGUGAAAAACGACUUGUGUGAAAAUCGAUUUAGCAUAUCAGAACUGAAAUCAAUUGGCCUUUUUGAUGAGCUGGAAAUGAGCAACGGUAAAAGGGAUACGCCAGACGUGUCUGCCUCGGGUGCAUGUUCCCACGCGAGCGCAGACGCCCAAGCAGAGGCAACGAACGACAUAUAUGAUUCACAGGUGUCUAGUCAAAAUCAACAAAAUAAAAAAAAAAUUAUGAGAAAAAUUUACAAGGCGUCCAUAAACCACGUGCGGGAUGAAAACCUGUGGAAAAAAUACGUGCAAAAUACAUUUAUCAUAUCAGGGUAUUUAGACGCAAGCGACAUAGUAAUUCUAUUUUGGUGUUUUGGAAAAAUCGGCUAUAGAGAUAAGAGGCUAAUAAAUUUGCUAAGCUCUAUACUACUGAAAAAGAUAAACGACCUGACCCCCUGUGCUUUAGCCUUAUUACUAAAUAGCUUUAAAAAAUUAGAAAUAAAAAAAUAUGACACUAUGGAAUUAUUAACCAAUCAGUUUUGUUUACAUAUGCAAAAGUGGACAUCCCAAGAUAUAGCCCUGGUUGCUAAUUCUUUAGCUUUUUUUUAUAUAUAUCAUAAAGUGUUUUGGAAAAAAUGCAUUUUGAAAUUGCAAAAUGGGUAUUACUUUUCCAGCCCUUUACAUUUAUGCCUUAUCAUAUCAGCCUUAGCAAGGCUAGACAUCAGAGAGGGUAACGUUUUAUUAUCCCUAAGUAAAGGGGCCAAAAAAUAUGCAAAACAAUUCAGCCCAAAUAAUUUAGCUCUUGUUAUUCAUUCUUUUGCAAAGUUGAAAUUUUGUCAUCCCAAAUUUUAUAAUUACUUGUAUCAAUUUGUUCAUACAUAUUUAGAUAGGCAGCUUUUCAUCGAUGGGUCUUGCAGAAAUAUCGCCUUAAAAAAUGUGUCCCCUGUUGGAGGAGUGUACCCUCAGGGGCAGUCUACACCAAACAGUCCUGACGGUGUGGCUACUAUGUGUAGUGCGCAAGACGCGGGGGACGUGUCCCUUGUUUCUCUUCCCCCAGGUAGGGGACGUCAAGAAGACGCUAACUUCCAGAUGAGCAAUAGUAGUAGUAGUAGUGGCAGCGUCCGAGGAGAAAGCGUGCGCGACACACCGCUUCAGAAGAACGAGAGGAAGGCCCACUUCGACCUGCAGUCCCUCGUCCUUCUACUCUUCUCGUGCACAUGCCUAAUCACCUGCACGGAAAAUAUGAUCCUGAAGCUGACCUAUCUGGUCCUCCCUCUGAAGGAUCAUCUGGGCAGUCACAAAGUGGAAAAGCUGAAAUAUGUAAGUGAGUAUAUACAGUAUAACUACCCAGAAACUUUUGCAAAAUUCCCCAAAGAAAUAAAAAUGUUUUAUAACUAUAUUGAUACAUAUGAAAUUAAAAAAAAAAAAAAACAAGUCAAGUAUGGAGCAAGGUGGAUUAAUGAAUUGUCCAAAAUUCUAGCAAGAAUAAAUGUAAGUCAUUUAAAAAAUAUUUACAUCAAUCAUAUAUGUGCAGAUAUAAUGCUACCCGACUCCAACGUGGUCAUUAUGUGUUUAGGACCAUAUAGUUAUUACGUAAAUUCCUUGGUGACCACGUCUACUUCUGAUUUGAAGAGAUCCAUUCUUGAAAAAAAAAAAUAUAAGGUUAUCCCCCUGAGUUACCACGAUUGGAACAAGCUCAACGACUACGAGGAAAAAAUUCGCUUUCUCUACGCCUUCGGGCGAAAUGCGGCAAACUAUUUGUUCGUGAGCGCGAAAAAGGAAAUGGAGGAGGGGGAGAAAUCGGGCGAGGCGCAAUCUGAUACACAUGCAUCAGGGCAUAUUUCCACAUCCUCGGGGGGUGCAGAACGUGGAGGAAGCUGCCAAAGUGAGGGCGAAAACGUAAAGGAGGGGGAAAAGUGGGCCCCAUUUCAUGGCCCCAUGGAUGAGUCCAAGCAGCAGAGCAUAAAUCAAGCGAGCGAGCUAAAUGAGCAAAGUUACACUUCCGAUGAGGACGAAGAAGUUAUAGAUUUCAUAAAAAAGGGAAUCAGCGUUGAUGGUGAGAAUGAAGAAGACCCAGACAGGGACCAAGUCGAAUUAGAGGACAUAAAGAAAUUCUUGGAGGUUGAAAAGUUGUGA